AUGGAACCUACAGUAAAUUAAUUCUAAGUGAAUCCAGAAGAUUCAAAAGAAAAAGAGGCUGCCUAAAUCUCUAACAUUGUUGUAUUUGAAACAAUCGGCACUUUAUUAGUUAUUUAUGGAGCAUUAGCUACUUAGUAAAUGAUAUAAUUUAUAUAGAAAUAAUUUUGGAUUAUCUCUUGUCUAUUUCAUUAGUUUAACAUUAUUUGGUCGUUUAAGUGGAGGAUAUUUCAAUCCAAUAUGCACAUUAAUAGGAUUUAUAGAUGGAGCUAUCAAUAACAAAAAGACUAUGUAUUUUAUUGGAUCUCAAAUUCUAGCAAGUCUAAUUGCUGGAAUGUUUUUCAUGCCUUUAUUUGCUAACAGUACUAAUUUACCUUAUUAUGAAUCGUACAUCUAUUUAAUUAAUUAUAGACUGCCUACACAUUAAGUUUUAGGAACAUUAAUGUCUGAAAUUGCUGGUUCUGUUAUAUUUUUUACAUUCAUAUAAAUUUAAACAGCAGAAAAUACUAAAAUUACUUCUACUUAAAUAUAAUCAUCAGCAUUUAUUAGUAUUAUAUAUUUUGUAGCAAGAUAGUAAUAAUUUGAUUAAAAUAUUAUAGAUAUACUGCAACUAUGGGCAAUAGUUUAUUUAAUCCUGCAGCAGCAUUUGGGUAAACCUAUGAAUUAAUUUAGAUUAUAAUUAUUUUAUGGUAUAUAUUAUGGAAGAUGGAACUAAAUGAUUAAUUUAUUAAUGUUUGUUAUGGGACCAUGGAUUGGAGCUCUUUUGGCAAUUACAUUUUAUUGGAAAAUAUAUACACCAACAUUAAUAAUUAAAUCAACUAAUUGA